CAGGAAGUGUUCUUCCCCGCUGUCUCACAUCUGGGUACCGCCGCUCGACACAGAGCAGCAGGGCAGCCAUGAUAACAGACGCACGCGCACGCACAACGUGACGUCAGCCCAGUGUACAGACUCGCCUCCGUACUUCAGAGUAAACAGAGGGCGUGGCCCACACCGGGAAACGCUUCGGUUCGGACAUUACGCCGCUGUGGACGGCAACGACCAGACUGCUUCUCCGCCGGCAUCAUUUACUCUGGCCCAAUGUCCCGGUCCGACUACCCGCCGGUGUACGAUGACUCCCGGGGGCCGCUGUAUGCGCCUCAGGGGGGGAAUUACCCUCCGCCUCCUGCGUACGGAUUCCCUUCUUACGGGGGUCCCCAGAUGGGCCAGCCUCCGGCCCCCUACCCUCCCGGUCCAAGUGCCCCUCUGUUCCCUGGGCAGCCGGGGGGCUUUCCUGGCAUGCCGUACCAAGGACAGCCCCACCAUGGGGGGCCUCCGGGGCCUGCCUACCCCAGCCCCCCGCCCAUGCCCCCCGUCAUGCCGGCCACUAUUUCCUCAGACAUGCUGAGCUCUGGUGACGAGUUUGCGGCGAGCGGCGGCGGUUGGGAUGAACUGAGCAUUCGGCAUGCCUUCAUAAGAAAGGUGUACUUGAUUUUGGCGUCUCAGCUCCUCUUCACCACAGCCAUCGUGGCCGUGUUCACGUUCGUCCAACCUGUCAAAUUGUUCGUGCGACGUAAUCCAGCCGUGUACUGGGCAUCAUAUGGCGUGUACUUCGUCACCCACCUUGUGCUGGUCUGCUGCAAAGGCCCCCGGAGGAAGUUCCCAUGGAACGUCCUUCUACUGUCCAUCUUUACCCUGGCUUUGUCCUACAUGACUGGAUCCAUUUCCAGUUACUAUGACACUAAAGCCGUGUUCCUCGCUCUGGGGAUCACAGCCGUCGUCUGUAUCGCCGUCACGGUCUUCUGUUUCCAGACCAAGGUGGACUUCACCAAGUGCCAGGGCCUUUUCUGUGUCCUCGGGAUCGUGGUGUUCGUGACGGGGAUCAUUUCAGCGAUUGUGCUGUCAUUCAAAUACAUGCUGUGGCUUCACAUGCUGUAUGCAGCUAUAGGGGCCAUCGCUUUCACGUUGUUCCUGGCGUACCACACUCAGCUGCUGUUGGGGAACAGGAAGCACUCCAUCAGCCCGGAGGAGUACGUGUUUGCAGCGCUCUCCCUCUACGUCGACAUCGUUCAGAUCUUCCUCUUCCUGCUGCAGAUCAUCGGUGCUGCGACCAAGUGAUCGGACCUGAAGGGUACUCGACCCAUCCGACGGUCGACGGGGUGCAGACGAGUGCCUUCAAAACAACAUUCCGUGCUUUUUAACACUCGAAUCAGAAACUAUUUCCAAAAUUCUGACGCACUCCGGUGAAAAUGUUUAAGGUUUGAAUUUGAUAUUUUGUCAUAGGUUAAUCCCCUGCACAAAACAAUGCAUCUUGUCUACACCAUUAAGGAACUUAUCAUUAGUUUAAAAGAAAUAUUAAUCCGAAUAUAGACACUGGAAUGUCAUCUGAAGCAUUUAUUCACUGCAAUCCGUAUAUACCCAUGUUUUUCUCUGCAUGUAUUUGUACAUAUUAAUAGACAUGGAGCGGGGAUGACUAUGUAAAUGUUGAGUAAAACGACUCAAUUUAAACUGAUUCCUCCAUGUGAGCAAAAUUUAUUUUUUUGGAGGUAUAAAAUCUGCCGACCAGCUCUGUCACAGGUUGAAGUAUUUAGCGUAUAUUGCCUCAUUUGUUAACUCUUAGCGUGAAGGUUAACAAAUAUAUUUAAACUAUUUUAUUAUUUGC